UAUCCACCUAUUCCAACAAUCUAGGCUCAAGAUAUCAAACACUUGCUACAACAUGUCUGCUUCUACUUCCAACAAUCUAGGCUCAAGAUAUCAAACACUUGCAGCCGAAUUUUACUCGAGAAGAUUGCUUCUACACAACCCUCUCUACCAGCCACCAACCACGGCAUCUCCUCCAGCCCCCGGAAAUGGCCACGGGUCGCCGGAAACAUACCCGGGUGACAAUAGUUUCGAUACAAAUGUUGUCAUGGUUCUCUCAGUCCUCUUGUGUGCCCUGAUUUGCUCCUUGGGGUUGAAUUCCAUCAUUAGGUGUGCAUUGAGGUGCUCAAAUUUAGUAGCAUCCGAGUCCAGCAGUGGAAACAUCUCUGCUCGGACGGCCAACACUGGGAUCAAGAAAAAGGCCCUCAGGACUUUCACGUUGGUGAAUUUCUCGGCUGAACUGAACCUGACAGGCUUGGACACUGAGUGUGCGAUAUGUCUAUCAGAGUUCACGCCGGGUGAGCGUCUGCGCCUUCUACCCAAGUGCAACCAUGGGUUUCACGCCCGCUGCAUCGAUAAGUGGCUAAGUUCACACUCCUCCUGCCCAAAAUGCAGGCACUGCCUUAUGGAGACAUGCCAAAAGAUCGUCGGCGGCGGCCGGGCCAGCUCUUCAGGACCGCCUGCAACAGUACUGCAAGAAAUCAGUAGUGUAACUGUAAGCAUCGCCCCACUUGAACCCGAAGGUUUGAUACGUAAUUAUAGGGGACUUAAUUAGAUGUAUAUAUUCUUUGUCUGUAUGAUAUGGUAGCGUAGUUUUAGCACUGUGCCUUAAUAGUUAGCUCUAGAAAGUCUUCAUUUCUGGUUAAAGCCUUUCAUCAGGCCACAAGCAAACGCAAGAAAUCAUUGUGUAGUGUUCCUCCUAAUUGUGAAUUUGUAGAGAAUGGGCUUGUGGCUUGUCUUAUACUCUCUCUGAAAGUGUAAAAACUGCAAUUUGAAUCAGAAUUUCAUUCAAUCAUGUUUAGGGAUAAU